GUCUCCCGUCAAAAUAGUUUGCAGCUGAAGAUGGCAACGUACAUGUCUUUCAUUGUUUUGUUGUCUGUGUCAGCCUUAACUUUUGUCCAUGGUUUUCCAUAUAGCCGCACGGGCAUGUUGGUGCUUCCUAUAGGUAAUAACGCUGAGGAGCCGGUUCAACCUAUGAUGAUUAUCCCAUUCAAAAUUGGCCAACAACCAAUGAUGCCAACGAUGCCCAUGAUGCCUAAGCCCAUGAUGAUGAACAUGAUGCCAAUGAUGAAUAAUAAUGCCAACUCGAAUUCCAUGAUGCCCCAACAACGAAUGGAGAGACCGGAAAUCAAAACAGAUGCAGCAGGUAGAAAAACCCUGGAAUUUUGAAUAUUAAAAGACUUUUACCUGAGCUGUUCUUUUUCACCGGAAGUGACAUUAAAAUAUUAACUGUCCUUCACUAGUGUCUGUGAUACUUUAUGUAAAUUUAGAAUAAACAUUUUUAAUUUCGAA